AUGGCUACGCUCACUCAACCACCGCGCGCGCUCCAAGCGCAAACACCAACUCCGACUCACGACGUGCCUCCUUCCUACGAUCCUCACCACACCCUUCAUCGGCAACCAUCUUCCACACCUGCAAUCAUGGAUCAACCGAACAACGACUUGGAAAUGGAAGGCGCUGCUGAUCCUUGGCUAUUACAGCCGCAAACCACUGGACCAAACUCAGCCACUCCUAAUCCUGAGCCGCUCUCGCCCGCACGUCCACCGCCGCCACCCUUAGCGCCUGUGUCGCAUACAGCAGGCGAAGACAGUGAAGAGGAGGAUGACGAAGAUGACGACAGAAGCCACAUCAGCGACGAGCGCGCAAGAAGCUUCUACCCAUUUCACGAAGACACAACCGUUCCAGACGCCGAAGAAACCAGAAUUAUGCGAGCAUAUGCCGAAGCCAACGCUCUAGACGACGCGCACUGGCAAUCAAGGACAUUUUUCGACCUACAAGACUCUGGAUUCAGUGCAAAGGAGCAAGGCAUCAUUGAGUGGACUAUCAACGACUUCAAUGGCACCAAAGAGAAUCCUCGCAAGAAUCUCUUGCUUACGUCGCACACAGUCAGUAUCGGCGGUUAUGACUGGAGGGUCAAAUUGAUGCCACAUGGCAACAUGCAUACCGAUCGCCUCAGUCUAUACGUUGAAUGCGUCUCUGUUCAGUCAUCGACGUCGCAAGUGAUGGAAUGGCCUGCAGACCAACUACCUCUUCCGCUGCUAGGUGACGCUAAAGUCAAAGUCAUGAAACCUACGUCUGUUGCUGCCCAGGUAUCAGCUCUUCUCUACAAUCCUGAUGAACCUCGCGUGAAUGAGUUCAAAGCAGACGCGUCUCAGUUCUCGCAAGUGUCACCUGACCAUGGUUGGACUCGCUUCACGAGUGUGCCGUGGUAUGAAAUCCAUCGUCGUUCUUAUGCUCAACGACAGCCUCUCCUUCGCAAUGACACACUAGCUGUCAAAGCAUACAUACGUGUGAUUGAUGACCCUACUGGCUGCCUGUGGGCUCCCAAAGACUCUUCGAAGUUGGCAUUGACUGGCUUGCACCCAUUCUGUGACGACCAGGAGGAUUCUGCAUUGUGUCCUGUGUUGGCCUUGUGGCUGCACUUGCGUCCGUUCCGUCAGAUGAUCUACCAGCUCGGAGCUGUUGAUCUAUUCGCGAAAGAUGGCGAUAACAUAGUUACAGAGCUCCAAUCCAUGCUAUGGCGCAUGCGCUCAAGAAUUGGUUGGGAACCUGAGAAUCAUCACGCGCCUUACAUCGGCGACUUCAUCGACGAUUUUACUUCGAGAGGCUCUCAAGAUACCAUGAUGGACGCCAUGCAGACUAUGGACACCAUCCUCAACGACAUGAAAACUGUUCUCAAGGACAACAAAGAUGCCCUCGAGAAGUUAACAAAUUUGUUCGGAACAGAUACCUUUUCUGGUAACCGUCCGACGAAGCGUUCAAUAGAGGGCAAGGCUUCGAUCCAGGAGAUUGUCAAUGACUGCUUCCAUGUGCCCUUGCUCCUGAAUGAAGUGUUGACCAUUGAGCUCGAGCGUCAGGUCUUUGACAAGGACAAACGAGUGUGGAUGAAGCUACUUGACAAAGUACUUUUGGACGAUCAGAUCACGACUUCCGAUGGCUCUACAUGGACGCUUUACGGCUUCGUCGCCCACGAAGGCUACCUGCGCAACGGCAAAUACACGAGUCACUUUCGUCCCGGCGGUCUCGGAGGCCUUUGGUAUACCUACAUGCACGAUAAGGAUCCAACAUGUCAGACCAGAACACAAGCUGUUGCAUCAAAGGAAGGAGUAUCUGUUGCCGAAGUUACCGAUGGACCUGGUUCCUCGACUAGAAUUGAAGAACCGGUGAUUUCUUCCGAUGCUCCUAUCAACUACGGCCAUGCUCUGCAUCGGUUUGAUGCCGUAGCCUAUGUGGUCAUCUACGUGCGCAGCCAUACCAUCAAUUCGACCAUUGAUGACGAGCUAUGGGACGUACCAGAAUGGAUCCCCAGAUUGUACGGGCCUCCUCAAGCAGAUGCUGCCGAAGGCGCAAACACUCUGCAUUCAGAUAUGGUAUCAACCACUGCAGAUGAGGACGAGGAGAUGAACGAUCCGCCUGAAACAUCUCCAAACGAGGAACCUAUCGAUAGUACUGUGACGAAAGUCACAAUAGACUAUCUCUCGCAACCUUUCUAUCGGGGAGAUGUCAACAGCGCCUCAGAGUGCCAUGGUUAUGGUCACUUGAUUUACCUCAACGGUGACGAGUACAACGGCUACUUCAGCAAAUCCCAGCGCUCGGGACAGGGAAAGAUGCGCUAUGCGAAUCGGGACACAUAUGAUGGUCACUGGAAAGAUGGCCAACCAGACGGACAUGGGGUGUAUACUCAGCAUCGUACUGGCAACGUCUACGAGGGCAACUGGUCCGAAGGAAAGAGGUCUGGCACAGGGGUCAUGUACUACAAGGUCAGUGAGGAGGACACCAAGCUCUGCAGAAUUUGCUACACCAACGAAGCAAAUGCCGCUUUCUACGACUGCGGGCACGUACUUGCGUGCAUCGACUGCGCUAGACGUGUAGAAGACUGCCCUAUCUGUCGUCGUAGAGUCAGAGAUGUGGUCAGGCUGUUCUAUACCGCUUGA